CCGGUCCCGCGCUGGGCCUGGGCGGGGAAAAGCCGGGGCGGGGCGGCGCAAGCGCCUUGUUCGCGACCUCGGGACAGCGAGCGGCCUCCUGCGCUCAGUACUGCCCGGACCCGCCACCGCCGCUAUGUUGUGCCGCCUGGCUGCCCGGGGCAGGAGUCGCACUCAGCUGAUUGCAGCUUUGGGAUGUUCGGCCUCCAGGCAAAAACACACUCUUCCUGACUUGCCUUAUGACUAUGGUGCCCUGCAACCCCACAUCACUGCAGAAAUCAUGCAGCUACACCACAGCAAACAUCAUGCUACUUAUGUAAAUAAUCUGAAUAUUGCAGAGGAGAAAUAUAAAGAGGCAUUGGCAAAAGGUGAUGUUACAGCUCAGGUGUCUCUUCAGCCUGCACUAAAGUUCAAUGGUGGGGGUCACAUCAACCACACCAUCUUCUGGACAAACCUUUCUCCUAACGGGGGAGGAGAGCCUCAAGGGGAACUGAUGGAAGCCAUCAAGCGUGACUUUGGCUCCUUUGGAAACUUCAAGGAGAAGCUGACGGCAGUAUCGGUUGGUGUUCAAGGUUCAGGAUGGGGGUGGCUUGGUUUUAACCAGGACCAAGGCCGUCUGCAGGUCACUGCUUGUUACAAUCAAGACCCUCUGCAAGGAACAACAGGUCUUAUUCCUCUGCUAGGAAUUGAUGUGUGGGAGCAUGCUUAUUAUCUUCAGUAUAAAAAUGUUAGACCUGACUAUCUAAAAGCUAUCUGGAAUGUGAUCAGCUGGGAGAAUGUAUCUGCAAGAUUCACAGCUUGCAAAAAAUAAAGUGGAGGUCUCACACAGACUAUUACAAGAGCACCAGUUCUACUCUGAAAUAAUUUUUGUAGUAGUGUGUUUACUGGCUUGUUAAUGAGUCGAUCCACUGCUGAAAACACUUUAAUGCAUCCAAUGAAAACAUUUGCAAUCAAGCCAAGUGUCGAAUUCUGUGAAAGGUAUUUACCCAUAGACUUAAAGCUUUAAACUCUUGUGCAACAAGUGGAAACAAUUCUCUAAUUCUUUGUAGGGAUAUAACUCUUUAACAUUUAAUUGUGGUUCUGCUGAAGUUUCCUGUAGUUGAUAGCAGUAAACUUAUGAAUGUAUCUAGUAUUGUUCUUUACUACAGAAGGGAAAACCAAGCUAAUCUACAUCACAGUGGCUUUGUGAGGAAUAGUUACAUAUGAAGCACUAUAAAAGUGCUAAUUAUUAAUAAAUAACAUACCAAUACAUCUCACAAUACUUGCACAGAUUGUUAGGGAAACUUUGUUUCCAGGAGCAUUUAAUGAUUUCAAAGGCAAAAGUGAUACUCAAAAUAACUAUUACAAGUUAAAUAUGCAGUGCCAGGGAGCUUCCUUUAGAAAGUGAUAGUAGCAAACAUUUGAAAAAAAAAAAAAAAAAAAAAAAGACUGCAUUGAAUGGGGAGUAGUGGGACACCUGAUUCACUUGUGGUAAGGGGGUUUGUUAUGCUCUUGAAGCUUCAGUGUAUGAGUUUUGGUCCCUUUAUUUAGGAGCCAGUGAAGACAGAAGUAUUUUCCCACAGCUGCGCUCUGUUCCAUAUGGAAAUAUAAUUGACAGCAAGUGAUGAUGAUCCGAUUACUGACUGUUUUCUGAUGCUUAUUGAUCUAACUUAAUUCCUUGUUGCACUUAAGUAUUCAAGUAGAAAUGUAUGUACCUUAUUUGUUGCCAUAAAUAAAAAUAAAAAAAUUCAAUAACUGAA